AUGGGUUUAGGUUAUGCUGAGCCUUCGAAAAAGGAAAGCACAUCACAUGAAUACAUCAUCCCCAUCAGUGAUGGACAACAAACAAAAAGUGGAGUCAAUAACAGCCGCAAGGGAACGACAAAUGAGAAAAAAAUCCAAAAAAAGGAGCGUAUGACAUGGUUGGCUAAUCUUUAUGACCAGGGCAUAAGUGGGAUAUUAGCAGAUGAAAUGGGUUUGGGUAAAACUGUACAAUCAAUAGCAUUUCUCUGUCAUGUAGCAGAACACUAUGGAGUUUGGGGUCCUUUUCUAGUUAUAUCACCUGCGUCAACUUUACACAACUGGCAGCAGGAGUUAGCACGUUUUGUACCAGAAUUCAAUGUAGUUCCAUAUUGGGGUUCACCAAAUGAACGUAAAAUCCUACGCCAAUUUUGGGAACAAAAAGAUUUACAUACGCGAGACGCUAGUUUUCACGUUGUUAUCACAUCCUAUCAGCUGAUUGUAUCUGACUAUAAAUAUUUUAAUCGUAUAAAAUGGCAAUAUAUGGUAUUAGACGAAGCACAAGCAAUAAAAAGUGCGUCCUCAAUGCGUUGGAAAUUGUUGUUGGGCUUUAAUUGUCGAAAUCGCCUACUAUUGAGUGGCACACCGAUACAAAAUAGUAUGGCUGAACUAUGGGCUCUGCUGCACUUUAUAAUGCCAACACUAUUUGAUUCACAUGAUGAAUUUAAUGAGUGGUUCUCAAAGGAUAUUGAAUCUCAUGCUGAAAAUAAAACAGGUAUCGAUGAAAAGCAAAUCUCAAGAUUGCACAUGAUACUCAAACCGUUUAUGCUGCGGCGCAUUAAAAAAGAUGUGGAGAACGAACUAUCAGACAAAAUUGAAAUCAUGGUUUACUGUCCACUAACCAUAAGACAGAAACUGCUAUAUAUGGCACUUAAAAAGAAGAUACGAAUUGAGGAUCUACUACACCUAACACGAAGUGGUGCAGGCAGUUCCAGCGAUGGUGGACAUGUUGAUCGCAAUUUCACUUCAAAUCUUAUGAAUUUAGUUAUGCAGUUUCGAAAAGUGUGCAAUCAUCCAGAGCUUUUUGAACGAAGAGAUGUUAAGAGCCCUUUUGCUAUGCGUUGUCAAGAGUAUGUGAUGCCACGCUUGGUAUAUGAUGAUGGCGUACUUAAAACAGCUUUGCCUAGUAAACGCCAUUUGCUCUAUAACAGGUUUCUUAUAUACAAAGCUGAACAUGUACAUCGUUCUAUGUUUAGUGAACCAAAAGCAAAUAACAUUCAAAAAAGUGGGGAAAACUAUUCCCGAUAUAUCGAUCUAAAUGUAAGUGAUGAUUGCUGUUUUAGUUUUACGCGUUUAAGUGAUAUAUCACCAAAAAAUUUGGAAGAUAUGACUGUUGGUGGACUAAUUAGUUCUUUACAACAUUAUCGCUUUUUACUCAUUUUCUAUAAGUUGCUAUCGUAUCGUCGAUUAUGGUGGACGAACUAUAAACCCUCACGUUUUCAGUUACUAGAACCGAUGUUAGAAAAUCCCAUUGAGCAAUGCACUCUAUUUGAAGACAGUAUUUUAAAGAGCUGCAUAUUCACAAGCAUGAUUGGAAAUGACAGUAGUGUGUAUGCGUUUGGAGAUUACAUUGUUGUAAAUAUGCAAGAAACCAUGGAACAUCGCGUUAUACGUUCAAAACGAUUCAAAAGCCAUAAAAUCCUGAAUGAAGAAGCUAAUAUAAAAGAUAUAAAGAAAGAGUCUGAUAUAGACAUUAUGACAUGUGACGACGAAGUUACGAGUGUAAAAUCGCAGCUCCUGGAAGGUCAGUCAAAGAAAACAAAAACAGGAACGAAUGAACUCCUGCCCGAAUUUCCAUACAUUGCACGCAAACCUACUAGAUUUUACUGUGAACCAUUAGAAAUGCCAAAAUUUCUAUAUGGUUUGUGUCCACGAGUACAGGCAACAAGAAGAAGGAUGUACUGUGAAAGUCGUGCAGCCGAGUGGUCACAUAUUCGACAUAUGCAAUGUGAAAACCCUGAUGGACAACAAUUGGUUUAUAGUAGCUUAGAUAUUUGCAAACCACGUAGUGGGUGGUCAUCACUUAUUAUACCGGACAAACAAACACUUGUAUCAGAUGCUGGAAAACUAUCAGUGCUGGAUAGUCUCUUAACGCGACUCAAAUCACAAGGACAUCGUGUAUUAAUUUAUUCACAAAUGACCAAAAUGAUUGAUCUUUUAGAGGAAUAUAUGUGGCACCGAAAACAUCGCUAUAUGCGAUUAGAUGGUUCUAGUAAAAUUUCAGCACGUAGAGAUAUGGUCGCAGAUUUCCAAACACGUGCAGAUAUUUUUGUAUUUUUACUUUCGACGCGAGCGGGUGGCUUAGGCAUUAAUUUAACCGCAGCUGACACAAUUUAUACCCUGUGCUCAAAAUGA